GCAGGCGGCGCUGCGGUGUCGCCGUGGUCCGCUGGAGUCAGUUGGCCGCCCGGAGCUCGUGGAAGUAGCAGCUAGGCUGUGGCUGCGGCGGCUGUAAGAUGCACACAGCCCGGGCAGCAUGCGACGGAGAGGUACCUGGAAGCUAGCAAAGACCGCUGGUUCAGUUCAGCAGAGGGGGGGCUUCGGGUUCCCGCGACGCUGAAUAAAAAUGGCCGGAAUUAUUAAAAAGCAAAUUUUGAAACAUUUAUCACGGUUCACCAAGAACCUGUCCCCGGACAAGAUCAACCUCAGCACGCUGAAGGGGGAGGGGCAGCUGUCCAACCUGGAGCUCGAUGAGGAGGUUCUGCAGAACAUGCUGGACCUGCCCACCUGGCUCGCUGUCACACGGGUUUACUGCAACAAAGCCGCCAUCAGGAUACAAUGGACAAAGUUGAAAACAAGCCCCAUCUGUCUGUUCCUGGAUAAGGUGGAGGUAGAAAUGAGGACGUGCGAGGAGCCGCGUCCACCUAACGGCCCGUCUCCUAUCGCUAUAACAGCGGGCCAGAGCGAGUACGGCUUCGCAGAGAAGGUGGUGGAGGGCAUGUCUGUGAGGAUCAACACCAUCACCAUCAAGGUGCAGGCUCGGGCCUUCCACGCCUCCUUCGAGCUCUGGCAGCUGCAGGGCAACAGCCUCAACCCCAAGUGGCAGCAAAGUGACCUCCGCUUCACCCGCGUCACCGACCCGAAGCGAGGAGAGGUGUUGACGUUCAAAGAGAUAAACUGGCAGAGUCUGCGAAUCGAGGCGGACGCCAUCGAGAGCAGCGACCAGGACCUCGGCAGCACGCCGCUACGUCUCAUCACCAACCAGGGACGCAUUCGCAUCGCUCUGAAGCGCAGGAUAAAGGACUGCCACGUGCUGGCGUCCAAGCUGCUCUUCAUCCUGGACGACCUGUUGUGGGUGCUGACGGACUCCCAGCUCAAAGCCAUCAUCCACUACGCCAAAUCUCUCAGCGAGGCCAUGGAGAAGUCGGCCCAGCAGAGGAAGAGCAGGACUGCCGAAUCCCUUCAGACCGCUCCUCCAUCGCCCGGCCUCCAUAACCUGUGGACAGGGACCCCGCCCGCCCCCACCGGCACCCCCAGCAACAUGAGUCAAUUCUUCGAUCUCUACGAUGUCAAGGAGUCUUCCUACCACACCUUCAUCUCCCGAUUGGACUUACACAUAUGCAACGACAGCUCCUCGCCGGAUGACGAUGAGGCUCCUCCCCCGGGCUUGCAAGGCGCCAUGCAGCUGACAUUCAGGAAGCUGGGUUUUGACUACUACCCCGUCCACAGACCUGCUGACGGAUGCAGACACUGGGAACGCCACAGUGGAGCCAUGGAGGCUCAGGCCCAGUGGGCGGGCAAACUGCUGCAGGAGUACCAGAGGAGAACCGAGGCUUUUGGGUUCCCGGGGCCACAAACCGAAGGGCCCCAGUCAGCCAAGGAGUCCUCUGCUAAGACAGAUGGACCGCGCAGUCCCAAGCCGAGCCCCACCGACACGGCUCCGCCGGGGCCGGCGCUGAAGAGGCUGCGAUCCAGCUGCGUGGUGGUCAGGAUGGACGACGUGGACAUUCAUCAGGUGUCUACAAGAGGUCGUCAAAACAAGAAGACCCGCUCUCUGUUAUCCUGCAACCGAAAAGCCAUGCGUUUGCCGGACAACGUACCAGCAGUUCAUCUGCAGUUCACCGAAUACUACUUCCCUGACGACCCAAGUUUUUCAGUGCCCACGUCCAACCUGUACGCCCAGAUGAACAGCCUGCAGCUGUGUGUGGACCCGGCCAGCGUGCUGUGGAUCAACCUGUUCUCCAGAGGGCUGCUGCACACGCUGGACCAGGUCAAAGCGUUCUACCACCUGAAAGACAGCAGCCGGGCUGAAGAGCAUCUGGACGUCCGGAUGGACGCCACUCUGCUCAAGUUAAUAAUCCCCUUGGAUUCUUCCAUAUUGGACCACCCGGAGCGGCCGCAGUCCCUCUCUGUCACCGUACCUCAGAUGGUUCUCAGCAACACUCGCCUGUGCCCUCACAGCUCCAGAGCUGACCUCAACUCCACCUACAACGACUUCGCCAGCCGCCCCUUCUUUCAGCACACGCCUCCCUGCCCCCACCCCAGAGACCAGAGUGCCUUCCACCCCGUCCCGUCCACCUUCCUCCAGCACUCCCAAGAGGCCGAGACCCAACCCCUGGACACGAAGCGGCCGCGAUCCCAGGACGUCUGGUCCCUCAGCCUGUCCCGCGUGAGCCUGGGUUUUGAUGGAGCUCGGCGAUUCCCCAAAGGCGGCACGCAGCCUUUCGUUGAGCCCUUCGCCAUGUCCGUGUGGAUGUGCCGGCCCUCUGCCUCCAAGAACGCAUCACCCUCCCCACCCUCCUCCUCCUCCUCCAGUCCCAGCGGAGAUCACCAGCCCCCCGCAGAGCAGCAAGACGCAUCGCUGGCCUCUGUCCACUUCUUGGCCCACACCACUACCCCAGUCAAGAUGUGGCUCAACCACUACCAGUACGUCGCCCUGCUGAGGAUGAAGGACGCCAUGGCUCGGCUGGGGGCAGAGUUGGGUCGGGACCUGCGAGAUGUGAAGCAGUCUCGCGGUCAGAAGACAAAAGCCGCCACGGUUUGUCUCGCCCUCGUGGUGGACUCCGCGGAAUUGGGCCUCCUGUUGCCCCCUGUGUGCACGGAGGCUGAGGAAGAGGUCCCCCACACGCCAGAGACAGACAGCAUGACGGACUCCGACAUCUCCCCCGCGCAUCACUCUGCAGCGCCGGGGGGCGGCGGGCUGGAGAACGGCAUCUGCUCCCUCAGUGCCGUCCCUGCGGAUGAGCCGGACGGCGCGGUGGAGGAGGCGUGUGAGGCUGUCGAGGAGGGGUUGGGGGCAGAUUGCUUGACCGCGCAGGAGGACACCCUUGUCCUCUCUCCUCCACUCUCGCCUGGACACUCUCCCGUGCUCCCCCGCGAACCCUCCAACUUCAGCCUGGAGGGAGAGCUGUCCAGCGCCAUCAGCGUCACCAAGGACGCCACCAAAGAUGCCAUCAGUGCCUCGCUGGACCUGACCAAAGGGGCCUUUUCCAUAACAAAGGACGCCUUCAGCAUGCUGAGUCGGGGCUCAGGCAUGAGUAAAUUGUUCGGUACGCAGGCAAAGGAACAGCUCCAGCGUUCAGAAGACGCCUCCCCCUCUCUGGCGGCCGGCCUGCGUCACCAAUCCAUGAAGCAGUCGCCUUCCCAGCAUUCCUUUGACAGUGCCGUCUUGGAUGGCAGCCUCCCUGAUGAAUAUCUCUCCGUGGACAGCGAUCUCAGUGACAACUUUGUUAUUCUAACAAUGGACUCCGAGUCGGGCGCCAACAACACUCCUGCGGGCAGCCCGGCGCCCGGCACCGAGGGAGGUUCAUCAGCGGACCUCAGCAGCUCUCUGUCCCAAAGCAUUGAGGACGUGUCUCAGGACAUGGCCUCGGUGUUGCUGCUGAUCCUGAGUGGAACCGCGUGCACCGUGGAAGUGAAGGGAGAAGAUCAAGUCGUGGCUGUAGAAGCUCAGAAUCUGAGCCCCGUGCAGAUGGGCAACAUCAGGGUGUCGGACCUGCUGUCCGGCCUCACACAGGCUCCGAGCGGACCCGUCCCCGAUCGGGACAGACAAGGUGCCAGUGGCCCCCCCGCGGUGUGCCUGAGGGCCGAAAUGGGUCCGUCUGCAGCGCGACACUCCGCCGCGGCCGAGUCUUGUGGCUUUUUGGACGUGAGAGUGCGAGAUUGCCGGGCAGAACUGCUGACCUCCACCGUGACCAACAUCGGCCCGUUUCUGGAGGACGAGUUCAGCGUUGACAGUCAGCCGAUGAAGUUACACAUGAGCAACAUCACCGUCACGAUGAAGGAUGACAGCCCUAAAAUCUACCCCACGGCCCCCCAAGCGGUGCCAGCCUCGUUUGUGGUGGAUCGGCUGCUCCUCGAGCGCGGCGACGACGGCGUCAUGAGGCUCAGAGCUGAGCGUUCGGACCCCCCCGAGGCAUCCGCAGGUGGUCCCGUGGCCGGGCCGCACAACGCGAACCAUUCCUGCUGUGGUCAUAAGCAGCCCGAGGGACAAACCCUGGAGACUCGGCUCUCCGACGCCGAGGCUGCUCUCACCCGGGCGCUCUGCGACCAAGAGCGCCUCCUCCUGGAGGUCAGGAAGCAUGACCCCGGGUUCACUCUCUGAGACCGCGGCUGCUGCUGCCGGCGGAACGGCUGCAGGAUGCAUUGGGCCGGAUGUGAGGGACCAGCGAGACUCGAUAAAAGCAUGUCUGGACGGUGGACAGAAGAUGAGUCCACGCUGUGUGCGUCACACCGGUCAUUCCAAGAUAUUACAAGAUGAGCACCUAUAGCAAUUCUAAAAAGGGUAACUGAGGGAAUGGACUUAGGUACGUUUGUGGUACUACUUUUUUAUCUGGCAGUCUAGAUGAUGCUCACUGGUGUGACUCAAAUGAGCCCACUAAUCCCUCAUCCCAAAAUCAGUGUGGACAGGAAACCACGCAGCAUGCAGGGUUCAAUAUCACGAGCUUCAAAUCUCUCCAUUUCCUCAUUUGUGUUUCGGAAUUGAGCACAUGCCCACAACCUCCCUCGUCACACGCGCACGGACACACGGCCAGAUAGCUGCUAGUCCAUCAUGUCUACCCAACACGACUCCAUGCCGCGGAUGCUUUGUGUACAGCACUAGUUUACAUGUAGCACAUUUACAGAUAGAAAGAAAAAAUAGUCGUACAUUUGUAGCUUCCAUUAGGUGUUUUCCUUUUCUUUCAAACAUACUGUUAGAAUAUUAUCCGCUGUUACUUGUUGGAAAAUCUGUAGAAAAAAACAUGCACUUUUUUUAUUUUAUUUUAUUUUUUAUUUUAUAUCAGAUCAAUGUGCCCUGUGAUCAAAAUCUCCCUGAGAGCAAGUGGGCACAGUAGUUUCAUCAUAUAAAUGGAUUUAGUCCUUUUCUCUGGUUUAAGGCGGUUUGGGAUCAUACCACCUAACUGAGUUAUAUUACUUGAUUUCCUUAAAAAUUCUGGUUUGCAGUUUGCCAGAAAACAUCUCAGACUGCUAGUGUUAAUACCUGUUUGGGGUUGUUGUUCGACUAACGUUCCUUUACGGUGCAUUGAAGCCAUAUCAAUCAAAGAAAAGGACAUUUUUAAAACGUGUUGGUACUGACAAUGUAAUUGUGAGAAUAAUGUUGUGGAACAGCCCAGUCAGCUGCAUUAUAGGUACAAAUGUUCUCCUGUUAAAUCUGUGGUUUAUUAUGCCUGUGCAGGUGAUCUGUGUUCUAUGUCGGUGGUUACACAGCUGGUACACACCUGUCUCAUGGUGUGCUCGGGAGCCCCCUGGUGGCUGAACAUCUCAGUGCAGCCGAUAUGUUAAACCAUCUUUUUCUCAACUUUGGCUGCCUUACAAGCUAUAAACGACAUUUUUAUUUGUAAAACAGAAUGUCAAAUAUUUAAGCAAUAGAAAGACCGCCCUGGUUUAACCAAAAAAAUGACAAAGAAUGACAACACUACACGUAUUUGAUGUGGAACUCUUUGAUGUUUAAGAUGACUAAUAUGUAUACAGGGUUUCAUGGUUUUACCCUACACCCAUUGUGUACUCGACACAUCCUAAAUAUUAGUGUGAUAUUGCUGAGAUACUGACCUUUAACCUCAGUAUAACUUAUAGAUGUGAUCUCAGCUUUUGUUUUUUCUUUUUGCAUGCCUUAGUAGACAAAGAUACAGCGGUACAAUGCAACAUGUAGCUGUGAAUCCACUCCUUUGUUUAGUAGCAUUCCUGUUCUGCCCGGUGCUCUGGGUUCCAUCUGCUCAUAACCAGGAACAGCAGGAAGCGCUGGACGGAGAAUGAAGCGAGACUAAUUUCAACCUGGUAAAAUGUUGACACUGAAAGCAUGUUUUGAGGCAAUGUUGCAUAGUUUAUGCCUUGCACUUUGUGAUUCACUUGUUUCGAUGUAAAUCAGUAUUUUUGUCAGUUCUGUAGUUAUUUUGUAUAGUUCAUCACUUCAUUGAGACUAAUAUAAAAUUGGUUCUGUGAACCAAAGCUAGUAUGUGGGAAUAUUUUGAAAGAAUAAAUGAAGACAUUCCAGUUGUGCCAA